AUGAUGCCUCCAUCAGACUCUUUGCGACAUCACCUACAUAAGCUCGCUGAAGUCCGAGCAAAUCGCAAUGCCUCUUCUAGAUCUACCUCUACAUCUCCUACUACUUCUACUUCUACUCCAAGCACAGCCCCACCACCAUACACAUUAUCUGUCACCAGACCCAGUGGCACAACCGUGAUGAGUGUUGAUCAGCACGACAUGGACGACCCGUGGGCCUCACCAAUCAAUAUUUACAUUGACAACUCAAUCACUGUGACUGGCGAUGAAAACACAAUCACGGUGUCGACUCCUGGAUCUGAUUUCUCCACUGAACCAACUUACCAGGAGGCCCAGACAUCUCCUCGCCUCGCCUCCAUCGCGGCCGUCAUCAUCGCUGCUCUGAACCGCGCAAAUGCACUCAACGAUGAUGUGGGCUAUCCUCGGCCCAUCAACAUUCGCGCUCUUGCGGGCAUUCGGGUGAAUGGCCGAAAUAACAGUAUUUCUGUCGGGAGCGAAGCCUAUAAGUCUCAGAAUGAUGCUACUCACUCUGGAGCUGGAGAAAAUAACCGGCGCAAGCGCCGUGCUAGCUCGGUUCGUACUCUAUUUGGUAAAACGAUCGCCAAGAAGCUUAAUAACUGA